AUGCCACUCGCACCGCGCUUCAGCGCGCUCUUCGCCCUCCUCGCCCUCCUCACAACAACACUCGCCGCAGACAAGAACCUAAUCCCAACAGCAGCCUCCAGCACUUUCCCAACAUGCGGCCUGACCUGCAGCCAGCUCUAUGCCGCCCAAGACACCUGCACUCAGGCCGCAGACUCCUCAACCUGGGUUUCCUGCUUCUGCCAGUCCUCUUUAAUAUCGAACCUCAAGACUUCCGGCGCCGUCUGCUCGGAAUGUGGCACCGAUGACCAGGCUAAAGUUUCAACCUGGUAUACCAACUACUGUAACUCUGGUGGAAAGGAAACCUCCAAUACAGCAACGACUACUUCAUCGGCCGCCAGCUCAACCGCUACAUCUACAUCUGGUAGCAGUGCCAAUUCGAAUAAAUCCUCGUCAGAGACGGAGGAAAACAAGUCUUGGUGGAGCACCCACUACCAAUGGGUAAUAAUGUUAAUCGUCCUCGCAAUCGGUUUCGGCAUCAUCGCUGCCCUAGGCGUCUGGUUCAAACGCCGCUACGACGCCAAACGACCGAACCUCUACCAUGGCGGCAGCAGCGGCGUCCUCAGCACCGCUUCUCCGCCAUCUGGUCCUCGUGAUGCCGCCUGGGACCCAGCGCCUAUGCCAAUUCAGGGCCGUGGCCUCGGUGCGCCGUCGUCAGUGGCUUCUAGCUCGCUGUCGAAUGUUGCUCCUAAGGUCUCUACGCCUGUUUCUGGGAGUCGGUCGCGUUUGACGAAGAUUCCGCAGGAGACUGGGGAUGUGGAGGUUAGGCAGGUUUGA